GUAUUUCAAACUGCACUGCUUCGAGAUAAAAGGGAGGAAUGCAAAUUUACCAGCAAGUUUUAUGGAAAUCUGUUGCCAAUCUGUUAGCAUACUGCUCGCAUUGUGCUUACUGGGAAGCAUUCGAUCAUAUUGGGUUGUAAUAUUAAUAAGUUUGGCUGCAAGUAUAAACAUGUUCUAAUUCUAAGACUUAUGACUCAUUGCAAAUGCAUUUAACUGUGAUUAACGAGAAACCGCUUGUAAUCAUUUUACACUCAGUACUGCUACAGUUUACAAUUUAUUGAAGUUUAAUAUUUAAAUACCCUUAAAAUGGAAAACUUAGAAAUGUUCGGCAAAUAAUACUGUGGGAAUUCAAACAAGGCAGUUCUGCUGAUAAAGACACAGCUCGAAAAAUGGUAAAAGUUUUGAAUAGGAGAGGCUCCUCCAGUGAUCUCUACCGUGAUCUAUAUUACACAGAUCACUUCCCUUAUAAUUUAUUCCUAUUGAUUUAUAUUGAUCCUAAUUAGAACAAUAACUGUGUUUUAAAGUCUAACACAUCCCAUUAGCGCACAGUUGCUUCGGUUAGAAAGUUUCAUGUCUGAACAUCGACAUUUGCCAGGUUCGAUCCACUAAACUAUAAGUAAUUUUUAUGACUGACUGAUGAUUUAAUACUUUAUAUAGUAAUAAAAAAUUUUAAAUAUAAUCGAACUUAUUUAUAUACAACCUAAUAAAAAGCAAGGAUGCGUAUUUAUCGGGCAGUGUCCUAUCCAUCAGACAAAUUAAGUCAUAAGAUUAUUAUAACUGUGUGUAUCCCGAACACCCAAGUUGUUAAAUAUCUGUUCAUUGCUGGUACCCUAUUAAUUACUUUUGAAAAUAUAUCGCAAUACUGUUCACACUGUAAUCGCUUGCUCCUAUUUUUGUAUUUUACCCACCUCUCUUACAGUUAUAUUAUCAAAAAUCGGGAUGACUAUACGGUACUCAAUAAAUAGUGUUUCCCAAAAAACCAAAAUUUGGGGAUGCAAUUCGUUACAAAUAUUCGUUACACACAGAAUAAGUUGCAGAUAUAAUCAUAUGAUAUAUCAUAUGUUAUAUAAUUACCAUCAUAUCAAAACUGAUGUGUCUGUAUGAUCAAGCAAGUAACGCUCCUUCUAAGAACCGUGUAUACGCUACGAAUGCGUGGACUGUAAUGAAGAACACGAAGACACGUACUGCUUGGAAAAAUCAAUUGCGCUUGCGCGACUUUGGUCAAGACAUCAUGCAAUGACUAUUUUUCUGUGAGAAAUAAAUAUCCGUUGUACGUACGGUGCCAAAUUGAUCGGUUAAACGCCCGCUUUUCUCUCCCUCGCAAAUUGCGAGCAAAUUAUUUCUAUAACACCUUAUAUUACAUCUUGAUAUUUUAUGUUACUUUCAUCGGUAUAUUUAUGUUAAAUUAAGGAAUUUUACCUUCAAAAAUACGCUGGAAGAAAAAUAUCAUAUAAUAUUCUUUAUUCAAAGAAAGAAAUAGCUAAAAUCGCUUUAUCGCGAUAUAUCGCUGCCAAAUGCGUGUGGAAGCUCGACCAAGAGUGAUCUAUGUGAGAUAUGGAUACUCAAUUUCUUUAUAUUCAUCGACUUUCUCUGGCCGCAAUUGGGUUAUGGCCUUACCAUCGAACAAUGCUUGUUCAACUUCAGUCUUCUGUGUUUUCUCUUACUAUGAUUAGCUAUCUUAUAUUUCAGCUUACAACACUUCUAACUACAGAAUGGACUAUUGCCUUUAUUGUUGAAAUUCUUUCUACAUCGCUUUUUGUUCUUUUGUGCACAAUUCUUUAUAAUUCUUGUUGGAUUAACACGCAUGUUGUGAAGCGUGUAUUGGACAAUCUUCAGUACAUCUGUAGCGAUUUAAAGGACGAAAACGAAAUUGCUAUAAUAAAAAGAUAUGGAUAUAUUGCAAAAUGUGUUGCAGUUGCAUACACAUCGUUGACGAUGUGCGCUUUCUUCAUGGCCACACUUUUGCCAUUUCUGCCGCGGAUUUUCGGCAUCUUUUCUCUCGUAAAUGAAUCUAAGCCACAUCGCAAUAUAUAUAUGAGAACUGAAUAUUUUGUUGAUCAAGAAAAAUAUUUUUAUUUUAUUUUGCUGCAUCUGUACGCAACCCAGUACAUAGGAGGAGGUAUAUUAUUAGGAGAAGCAAUAGUGAUGGUGGGAUACGGUACAUAUUCUUGUGGAUUAUUUAACAUUGCAAGUUACCGUAUCGAACAGGCAAUGCGGAUAAGUAAUGACGAAAUAACUAAUCGCAAGAACAAGAAGGAGAUCGACAGGAAGAUAAGUCAUGCAGUGAACGUUCAUCGCACAGCUCUUGAGUUUAUUACAUUCUUUCUACAUAGCUUCGAGGGAACAUAUUUUGUUUUAAUAGCGAUUAUUGUAAUUUCUUUGAGCCUCAAUCUGUUUGGAAUUUUUCAAGCCGUUUGUUUACGUAAGAUGGAAAAUUGUGUAUUACACUUGGGGUUUGCGCUUGCCCUUUUAACAUGUUCAUUAGGAGCCAAUUACAUCGGUCAAGCAAUUACAGAUCACUAUACUUACAUAUUUUCAACUGCAUAUAACGUUCGAUGGUACAUUGCACCUGUACGCGUGCAAAGAUUAAUAUUGUUUCUUUUGCAAAAAGGCGCUAAGCCUUAUAGCAUAAAAUUGGGUGGUCUUUGUACACUAUCUUUAGAAAAAUUUGCCUCGCUAUCAACUGUAUCAUUAUCGUAUUUUACUAUUAUAUGUGCUAUCCAAAAGUGAUAUUAAUAUGAAUCAACUUAAUAUUAAGACCAAAUAAACUUGAAGAUUAGGUACUUGCUUAAAAGUUUCGUUCUUAAAUAAUUGGUGGCUCAGAUUGUCAGAAAAUGAAUAAAGAGAAUGACACA